CCGUGUUACCCCACAGGUGUUGUACAGAGAGGAUGUGGGGACAGGAACCCCGAUACCUGUCACUCCUGAGCUUGAGAGAGCCAAACGCAACCAAGAACACAUUAGCUCGGUGUUGUACAAAGAGAGCAUGGGGACGGGAACCCCCACUCCUGUCACUCCGGAGAUGGAGAGGGUCAAACGCAAUCAAGAAAUCUGUAGCUCGGUGUUGUAUAAGGAAAACAUAGGGAAGGCAACCCCAACACCCGUCACUCCCGAGAUGGAGAGAGUCAAACGCAAUCAAGAAAUCAUUAGCUCGGUUUUGUACAAAGAAAAUGUGGGGAAAGUGACCCCAACACCCAUCACUCCAGAGAUGGAGAGAGUCAAACGCAAUCAAGAAAUCAUUAGCUCGGUGUUGUACAAGGAAAACUUGGGGCGAGCAACCCCCACACCUGUCACUCCAGAGAUGGAGAGAGUCAAACGCAAUCAAGAACAGAUUAGCUCGGUUGUGUACAAAGAAGGCUUAGGGAAGGCAACCCCCACCCCGGUCACUCCCGAGAUGGAGAGAGUCAAACGCAAUCAAGAACAGAUUAGCUCGGUUUUGUACAAGGAAGCGCUGGCAAAAGGGACGCCAACACCACUGACUCCAGAGAUGGAGAGAGCCAAACGCAACCAAGAAAACAUCAGCUCAGUUCUUUAUUCAGAUAGUUUCCGAAAGCAAGUCCAAGGCAAAGCUGCGUAUGUCCUGGAUACGCCUGAGAUGCGGCGUGUCCGAGAGACCCAGAAACACAUCUCAACGGUGAAAUACCACGAAGACUUUGAGAAAAGCAAAGGUAGUUUCACACCUGUAGUUACCGACCCCAUCACAGAACGCGUGAAAAAGAACAUGCAGGACUUCAGCGACAUCAGCUAUCGCGGCAUCCAAAGGCGAGUGGUAGAAAUGGAGCGAAGGCGUGUGGACCAGGAUCAAGAGAAUCUCACAGGGCUCCGGGUGUGGCGCACUAAUCCCGGAUCCGUCUUUGACUAUGACCCAGCUGAAGACAACAUCCAGUCCAGAAGCUUGCACAUGAUCUCUGUCCAAGCCCAGCGCCGCAGCCGCGAGCACUCCCGCGCUGCCAGUGCCUUGAGCCUCACUGGCGGCGAUGAAAAAUCAGAACCCUCGGAUGGCGUGGAUCAGCGUUUGUCCUACUACAGCAACGGCGGCUUCUUUACCACCACUGCAACAGUGGGCUACAAACAUGCUAAAACUGUAGAGUUACCACAGCAGCGGUCAUCCUCAGUUGCCACCCAGCAAACAACGGUGUCGUCGGUUCCUUCUCACCCGUCUACGGCUGGUAAGACCUACCGCGCCAUGUACGACUACACGGCAGCUGAUGCUGACGAGGUUUCCUUCAAAGACGGCGACACAAUUGUAAAUGUCCAAGCAAUCGAUGAGGGCUGGAUGUACGGGACCGUCCAGAGAACCGGCAAGACGGGCAUGCUGCCGGCCAACUACGUAGAAGCUGUCUAA